CAUCGCCCUCUCUCAUAAAUCAAAAAUGCCACCGCAACCUAGUGCAAGUGGUAGCGGACAGCCUAAAAGGCCUAGAGGAGAAGGAAAUAGAAGAGGUCGCGGAGGCGGUAGCGGAGCAGGCGGCCCUGGUCGUGCAACAGCGGCUGCAGCAGGCAGUGGUGGAGCUGGAGGUGGUAGGAGAGGGAUGGGUGCUGCAGGAGCAGCUGGCGGGAUAGGACAAGGAAGAAGGGGUCCUUUCGUAUACAAAAACGAAUUCCGAAAAGACAUAGAAGGGUUGAUGUACGCUUUUGGGGACGCAGAACAUUCAGAUCCUGAUUCGAUCGCAUUAAUGGAAGAUAUGACUGUUUCUUUUCUUGUCGAUCUUAUCAAACGUGCAAGACCAUCUCCCGUACAAUUAUCCGUUCCAUCCAAUCCAGCUCGCGUUCAAAUGAUCGCACAAGCAGAUGCACAACAGCGUCAAUGGCAAAAUGAACAAAGAUUAGUCGAUCACGAAGCCGAAAGGGCAGCAGCAGGAACAUCAGCAACUGCCAUUGCCAAAGCACAAAAGCGAGUUGCAGCUGCAAAUGCAGAACAUGAAAGAAGGCGGGCACAUGAAAUGAUGACCCGCACAAAUGUUCAUCCGUUCGUUGGAAGAACAAGGAUGACGGUUGAAGAUAUCAAAUUUGCCUGUAGAAAGGAUGCAAAAUUAACAAGUCGUAUAGAAGAAUUGAUUUAUUUGGACAAAGAAAUUCAAGCCGCAAGAAAAGUGUUUGACGUUCCUGCAGAUGAAGCCAUCCAACAGGAGAAUGCCAAUUCGGCUGCAGUACAAGCAGAUAUUAAUGCUGCACAACAAUCUGGCUCAAAAUGAAACCCAUCAAAGACAAAAAUGACCUCUUGUAUAGUAUUCUUAAUCUUUGUAAUAUACCAACACAUUCAAAUUCAUCCUGUAAAACAGAAAG